AUAAACCCACCCCUAACUUAAACAUUUAAAAAUGGACGCCUCAAAAACAUUAGUUGUCGAUAAUGGAACGGGGUUUGUCAAAGUUGGUUAUGCUGGCUCCAAUUUUCCUGAUCAUGUGUUUCCUUCUGUUGUUGGAAGACCAAUUCUUCGUGCAGAAGAAAAAGUUGGGAACGUAGAAGUGAAAGAUAUCAUGGUUGGCGAUGAAGCCGCUAAACUUCGAUCAAUUUUACAAAUGUCAUAUCCAAUGGAAAAUGGGAUCAUAAAGAUAUGGGAGGAUAUGAAACAUUUAUGGGAUUAUACUUUUCAUGAAAAAUUAAAAGUAGAUCCAAAAGAUUGCAAGGUUCUGUUGACGGAACCACCAAUGAAUCCAUUAAAGAAUAGAAAAGAGAUGGUACAAAUUAUGUUUGAAGAGUAUGGUUUCCAGGGAGUUUAUGUUUCUAUUCAAGCUGUGCUUACUUUAUAUGCUCAAGGUCUUCUUACUGGAGUAGUAGUUGAUUCCGGUGAUGGUGUGACACACAUUGUUCCAAUUUAUGAUGGGUACGCCCAGACACAUCAAACACGUCGAUUAGAUAUUGCUGGUCGCGAUGUAACGCGUUACCUCAUAAAACUACUUUUAUUAAGAGGAUAUGCAUUCAAUAGAACAGCAGACUUCGAAACUGUAAGACAAAUGAAGGAGAAACUCUGUUAUGUAAGUUACGAUAUUCCUUUAGACCAAAAAUUGGCAAAUGAAACUACAGUUCUGGUAGAAAAUUACACACUACCUGACGGUCGAGUUAUCAAAGUUGGUUCCGAACGAUUUGAGGCACCUGAGUGUAUGUUCCAGCCUCAUUUGAUUGAUGUAGAAAAACCAGGUGUUGCAGAAAUGCUUUUUGAAUCAAUUCAAGAUGCUGCUAUAGAUGUUCGUCCUGAACUAUAUAGACAUAUUGUUUUGUCUGGGGGUUCAUCUAUGUAUCCAGGUUUACCAAGUCGUCUUGAAAAAGAACUUAAACAACUGUAUUUGGAAAGGGUAGCAAAAGGAGAUACUUCAAUAUUGAAGAAACUAAAAAUUCGAAUUGAAGAUCCACCCAGGCGUAAACAUAUGGUUUUCCUGGGAGGUGCUGUCCUAGCUAACAUUAUGAAAGAUAAACAAUCAUGGUGGAUUACAAAACAGGAGUGGGAAGAAGAAGGUGUUAAAUCAUUAGAAAAAUUACAUGGUUCAUCGUGAAAUCAUUAGUUAUUUUUAAUAAAAUUAAUAUUUAACAUGUAUUAAUGGGUUCAAAUUGAAUUCCUUAUAUUUAUAAUACAGUAUAUUUAAAAAAUUAAAAUUGGCUCAAUAAGAAUAUUUUUUCCAAAUAACUUAAUUA